AUGGCCUUACCACCUCCCACCCUGAUGAUCUCAGAUCCACCCGCCUCCUCAGCUCCUACGUCCACCAUAGCGCCCCAACCAAAACCCACAUCCAUAAUGGGCGAAACAAACGGCACUGACUCCAACACGCCGCUUGGCGAUUUGGGCAAUAUCUCUGCGGGCCAGAUUCGCCCCGGUGGCGCACCUGCGCGCGUCUAUCUCAAUGAGAAGGUCGUGCCGUAUUUGCUUGACGGGAUGAAGUCUGUUGCGCGCGAACAGCCUGCCAAUCCUCUCCGUGUGCUCGGCGAGUUCUUGCUCCAGAAGAGUAAUGAAGUGGAGGGCGAGACUAAGAAAGAGUCGGAGUAG